AAAAGUGUAUAAUUUGUGUGGAAUCAGAAAAAAUAUAUGCCUUAAACUUUGAUUAUUUUAGUUAUAAGAUGACAUAACCGCUUUGUGUAGAAUUGCUGGCUUGGUACAGUAGAACAGAUAAGGGCAAAUGUUUGUUCUUUGUAACUCUUCUGCAAAUGCUUCGCUCACCGCGGCCUUGAAGGUAAAAAAAAAAAAAGUAUGUACAAAGUAGAUUUCCAGGUGCAAGAAGGAGGUUUGUGAACUAACCCUAUCUCCCCCAUAAUUCCCAUCCUGAUAACAGCAAAGAAAUAAUGAAGUAAUAUUAUAGCCGCUUUUCAUGCUAAUUUCACUAUAUGAUCACGUGAGUUGUAAGCGACUGUUAAAAAGUAUAUAAGCCUCCUGAUUUUGCUCUUGGGGGGGGACCCCUUCCAAGUGCUUGGGAAAUCCAUGUCACUUUGGAACUCCCCCUACAGCUGUAGUUUCUUUUGAAUAAAAGCUUCUGCUGACCUGACCCAAAAGUACUCUGUGUGUGUUUCCACGACAAUUCCUGGUGCCGUGACUCGGAUCCAGAACACAGGCUGAGGAAGGAGGACCGCAGGCUACCCCCCCCGAACGCUGAGGCGCCAAACUUGAGAGGUCUGUUCAUUCACAGGUCCAAGAAGCCUUACCUCAACCACCGGAUGUUCCCUGUCACAACCUCGAACCAGGGGAUUGGAUCUACGUAAAGGUCUAUCAACGGAAAAACGCACUUCAACCCAGAUGGAAAGGACCUUUCCAGGUACUUCUAACCACUAAUUCUGCUGUUCGUUGCCAAGGUCACCAAACGUGGACUCACGCCUCGCACUGCAAGAAGGUAUCACCUCCAUUGGACCCCGAAGCAGCUGUAUUCCAACCAAGGUUGGGAUCUUUCCCUGAGGCCAAGGACAAAGACCCUCAGGACCUCACUCAGGCAAGUGAGGAGCAUCAGGGUGCAAGUGCUAGUAACCUCUCCCCUGCACCCAACACCUCAGCCCAGCCGGAUUCAUCAGUUGAAGAACGAAGAUAUCAUCUUCAGCCUCGAAGAAAGUGAAUGCUCCCAUUCGGAAGAUCACCACCUCGAUCAAGACCAAGAGCCGACAUUAUCAGUCCUUUAGGUAACUUGAGCCCAGAGGACGAAGAAAGACUUUGGCUGCCAUCCUGGGUUUGGCUGGUAGUGUUCUUUUUCUUACUGGUGCUGGUUAUGUUUGUUGUUAAGAUUCUUUGUCCCUCCUGUAUCUAAAAAUGGCACCGAUAUCCUUAUAUAUCACACUUGGGUAUCUCAGUAUCACCCAAGGGGGGUGGGAGAAAAAUUUGUAUUUGCAGAUCUCCCAUGCGGUGGCUCAAGCUGGAAAUAAAAGUGACUGCUGGAUAUGCUCUCACAGCCCAGCACACCUACACCAAGGAAUCCCAAUGAUCGGAGUACCAAUAUCCCUCCAGCAAUGGGGAACAAUAAACGGCGGCUUCGUUAGACACUACUCGUUAGCUGCCCAUCGGUCCGCUCCUAAAGAAUGGAGGGCCGCCCCUGCUAACUGGAUAAUCUCCCCAAGAGUAGAGGCGCCUUUCUGUUACAGAUCCAACAACACCAGAGCUUAUAAUAAAGCCACACCUGUAGGACACUACCCUCAUUGCCUAACUACUCUAGAUUAUAGCCCUAGUAGCACCAGUGGAAUCCUGUUGGGUAACGUACCCUCUCUCAAUUGUACAGGAUUCAUGGUCUACAACUUUUCUAAGGAACCUCAUGUUGCUCUCAUUGCAAACAGAUCAGAAUUUUACAUUCACUCCAAUUUUACUUCUUGUAAUAUAUCUCGGUCCAGCAGGAUAGCAGCUGAACGUGGACCGUCCUAUACGAUGCAUAUCAAUCGAAAGUGCCGGAUAGGGCACAACAACUGUCGAGAUUUGAGUACCCUUUCUGCCCCAGGCCUUUACUGGCUCUGCGGAAACAGGGCUCAUAAAAUCUUGCCCUGGAAUUGGGUGGGGGCAUGCACUCUUGGACGUGUUAUCCCUGGUUUCGAAAUGCAUAGUGCAAUAUGUCUGGAACAAGUAAAAAAUUUCAACCAUCACAUGAAAAGGGCGGUUAACCCCUUAGCUACCAGAAACACAGGGUUCCAUCGAUUUGUGAGAACCUUCAUACCGUGGCUUGGAGUAAGAGAAUUGGAACUAGCCAUAAUUAACAUUUCAGCCACAAUGGAAGCUAUGGGAAAUGCCACUGCGGAUGCAAUUCAGGCUCUGCAAAAAGAGAUCUCCCAGAUCUCACAAGUAACUAUACAACACCACAUAGCCCUAGAUUACCUAUUGGUAUCCCAGGGAGGAGUAUGUGCCUUAGUAAACUCCACCUGUUGUGUCUAUGUCAAUCAGGACAUGCGAAUCGAAACUGACAUUCGCAAAAUCCGAAAUCAGUUAAGGGUCCUACAUCAAGUGGCCUCAGAAAAUACUGACUGGGGUCUAGAAGAAAUGUGGUCUUGGCUAACCUCCUGGCUCCCAGAUUUCGGGGCCCUUGGCAAGAAAAUCCUGUAUGGAAUAUUGUUUGUCUUGAUAGUUCUGAUAAUGUUCUAUGUCUUAAUGCAACUGAUCCUCUGCUGCGUGAAAGCCAGCAGGGGAAGCUUUAGCAAGGCAAGAAAACCCACAGCAGAGUCUAGCAUAAUGGUGUUACAAAAGUGUGAGCAGAUUGAAAGAAAACAUGAAAGGCUGCAUGAUGAAAUAGAGGGGCUCAUGAGAAUGGAAAUUUAAGGCUAAAGUAAGACUAAAUAGUCUCAAAGGGGGGGGCUGUGGAAUCAGAAAAAAUAUAUGCCUUAAACUUUGAUUAUUUUAGUUAUAAGAUGACAUAACCGCUUUGUGUAGAAUUGCUGGCUCGGUACAGUAGAACAGAUAAGGGCAAGUGUUUGUUCUUUGUAACUCUUCUGCAAAUGCUUCGCUCACCGCGGCCUUGAAGGUAAAAAAAAAAAAAAGUAUGUACGAAGUAGAUUUCCAGGUGCAAGAAGGAGGUUUGUGAACUAACCCCAUCUCCCCCAUAAUUCCCAUCCUGAUAACAGCAAAGAAAUAAUGAAGUAAUAUUAUAGCCACUUUUCAUGCUAAUUUCACUAUAUGAUCACGUUAGUUGUAAGCGACUGUUAAAAAGUAUAUAAGCCUCCUGAUUUUGCUCUUGGGGGGGGACCCCUUCCAAGUGCUUGGGAAAUCCAUGUCACUUUGGAACUCCCCCUACAGCUGUAGUUUCUUUUGAAUAAAAGCUUCUGCUGACCUGACCCAAAAGUACUCUGUGUGUGUUUCCACGACAUUUGUUCAUUUAAAUCACAACUGAAACUCAUUUUGCAUCAUCUCCUAAUUACAGUUUAAUCCAAUAAUUCCUGAACAUUUCAUAAUAAGAUUAUAUUUUCAAAGUUUUUCUG